UGAAACUCAAAGCGCGUGCAUGUCCAUUGCAUAUUUGUCAAACAUUGUGGGCUGCGGAAAAUAUAGCGUUUCUCUCCGAAAAAACAAAACAAAACAGCAUUAUUUUUGCUCAAUAGUUUCGUUUUCAGCAUGGCAGAGAGUGAAGUGGACACGCCUAGCACACCCAUAGAGUACGAGAGCAAGUACUUCGAGCAUCAUGGAGUUCGCCUACCUCCCUUCUGCAGAGGGAAAAUGGAGGAGAUCGCCAACUUCUCUCUCAGAAGUAGCGACAUAUGGAUCGUCACUUAUCCAAAGUCAGGUACCAGUCUGCUGCAGGAGGUGGUGUAUCUGGUGAGCCAGGGGGCGGAUCCAGAUGAAAUCGGCCUCAUGAACAUCGACGAGCAGCUUCCCGUCCUGGAGUACCCUCAACCGGGUUUAGACAUCAUACAGGAGCUGACGUCCCCCAGGCUGAUUAAGAGCCACCUCCCUUACCGGUUCCUGCCUACAGCCAUGCACAACGGGGAAGGCAAGGUGAUCUACAUGGCCCGUAACCCAAAGGAUCUAGCCGUGUCCUAUUACCAGUUCCAUCGCUCCCUGCGCACCAUGAGCUACCGUGGAACCUUCGCUGAGUUCUGCCGUCGCUUCAUGAAUGACAAACUGGGAUACGGCUCCUGGUUUGAGCAUGUGCAGGAGUUCUGGGAGCACCGCAUGGACUCCAACGUUCUCUUCCUCAAAUACGAGGACAUGUAUAAGGACAUGAUCCGGUUGUCCAGGAUUAAUCCGCAGCUCUUAAGUGUGUCAUGUGACAAGGCCCAGCUGGAGGGGUUGGUGGAGAGCUGCAGCCAACUCAUCGAGCAGUGUUCCAACUCUGAAGCCCUGUCUAUGUGCAGAGGCCGCGUGGGUUCGUGGAAGGAAGUCUUCACCGUGUCAAUGAACGACAAGUUUGAUACUGUGUACCGACAAAAAAUGGGCAAGAGUGACCUGGCCUUUGACUUUGGUUUAUGAGGGAUCUUAGUGUCACCUCAACUCAUAAUAACACCCACAGCCUCAGUCAAGUCAGCUGACAUCACGUCAUGUCAUGUCACAACACGACACGAUAUCCAAACUGCCCCACUGAUCUCACUUCACGUUACGUUGGGCUACAUACAACACCACAUCCAUCCAUCAGCAAGCCAAUCAAAGAGACCUUGGCAGCUCAUGCCUUACUAGUGGCCAACCACCUUAGCCAUCCAGGUGAGCAUCUGGGAGCUGAAGAACCACCCAGUUGGCAAUGAGGGAUCGAUCACCAAUGUCUCUAUUUAGCUGCAGGCUACUAGGGUUUACUAACCCUUACCUACCCUAAUCUAACCUAACCAUAACCAUGCAAGCUCUUAGGGUUUACUAUCCCUAAUCUAACCAUAACCUUGUGGGCACCUAGGGUUUACUAACCCUUACCUACCCUAACCCUAAUCUAACCUAACCAUACCCUGCUGGAAAAAAAAACAGCUAGAAACCAUCUUAUGCUGGUAGCUGGUUUUAGCUAGUCUUUGCUGGUUUUCUUCCAGCUCUUGCUGGUCUUUGUUGGUGUAGCUGGUUAGGCCACCAGCUGGAUAUGCUGAUGUGACCAUCUGUGGAAGCUGGUCAAGCUGGUGUGACCAGCCUGUCAUGUGGGAUACAGCUGGUGCAAGAUGGUCAUGCUGGUGACCAGCUUGUCAAGCUUGACAUUGUUGGUGUAAGAUGGUCAUGCUGGUUUGAUAGAAUGACCCACAU